AUGUCAGAUUUGUUUAUGAACAAACAGCGACGGCGACAUCAACGUUGGAAUCCACAACAACACCUAGCAACAGCUGAUGCCGCAUCAUCAUCCGCCUCAACCUCCUUUACAGCCACACCAAUUAAGAAAACGUCAAGAUCAACAAGAGCUGGUACACCUGGUGCAUUAAAAGCAAACAAUAAUUAUUUUAGUUAUCAUAUCGAUAACAAUGAUUCGUCCGACGAACUAGAAUAUGUUGAGAAGUCUAGCCAAAACACCAACAACCACAACGACUAUGAUCCUCUGGCGAAUAUCCUCAGCCUACAACUACGUAAACCCAAUCAUUGGAAAUGGGAAUUAACCACCUCAAAAUCAUGUUCUAACAUUGCCUUACCGCGCAUCUUACUUUACGAUCACAAGGGUAAUCUGCUGGUGGAUGCACCCCCGGAUGCUGGUGGCGAUGCCAAAAGCGAACAAAUUUACAAACAAGAAGACUAUGAACCGACUCCAGCGAAACCCAAAAAACGUACAUACUCUUCGCAUAGAUCUGCCACCACCAACUUAACGCAUUCCGUACGUAAAGCUUUGGAAAAAGAAUUCGAUGGCCUGCACAUAGAAGAGGUACCGCCGACCCCAAGGAAAAAUUCCGCCUUCACAACAAAUACCUCCACGCCGACGCCAACGAGCACAAUACGUAACCGUAGCCGCAGUCACAGUCGCAGACCCAUCGAUUUACACAUCGGUGAUUUACCCGAUUCAUCGCCACGUUCCUCGUCCCUCAAGGGUGUUCGAUUCAAUGUUGAUCAUGAUUCUAAAAUACCCGAUUUUCUACCCACUCCCCCCUCAACGACAACACCCACCACCUCAUCAUCGUCGGGUCCUCGUGAGAAACGUAAAUAUCGUCGUUCUCACAGUUCCGGUAGACUGCCCAGUCGAACAAGUAGUUCCAUUUUGGAACGUUUAAGUUAUCAAAAGGGUCGUUUUUCGUCGCCCGAAUCGGAAGAUGGCGAUGAGGAAGACACCGCUGCUGGUCCACGUUAUUCUCUACGCACUGAUGAAGCUGGUACUUUAAUAGUGCAUCAGGAUAGUUCCAGUAGUCAAAAUUCCCGUACCCGUCUGCGACGUAAGCCACAAAAAUACAUCUCCUCCAGUGAUAGCCUUAAUCGUAAUGAAACUCCGUCAAAAUUGUCGCUGACACCACCCGUUUUUGAUGCCGCCGCCAGUCCAUUGACAUAA